AUGGAGGACACUCCGUCCUCCCACUCCGCGGCUAGGACCCCAAGGGCCGCUAGCAUCGGUCCUGUCGGGGAAUUGCAAUCGAGGCCCUCAUCAGCAGCCUCUAGUGUCCCUGGCCCCCCGCCCCUGCCCGGCGCGCCGUCUUCUUCCUCAUCCUCCACGGUUACAGGUUCAGUAGGAACAGGAUCAUUGCCGCCAGGUGGUGCUCCCACUGCUAUUAUAGAUCCAAAUCGACAGUUCUCCAAGCGCCGGAGGGGCCAUGGGGUUGUGACGCCAAAUGCAUGCACUGAGUGUCGUAAGAAGCGCGCAAAGUGCGACGGCCAAAAACCCUGCGCGAGAUGCAAGGCUCAAAAGAACGUCGAGUGUAUAUACGAGAUCCCUGUUCGCCAAUCCAAGGAGAAUUUGCGAGGUGAGAUUGAACAGCUACGCCAGCGCCAGAGAGCGAGCGACCAGGUCAUCACAGCCCUUCUUCGUCCUGAGCUAUGGCAAGAGGUACUCAAUCGUCUUCGAGGCGGUCAGAGCGUUGAGGCCGUUUCGGACUGGCUAGGCGGCGCGCUGCCCCCGGGCCCCGGCAGCACUGUUCCCCCGUUCGCUAGACCCAUUGAGCCUGCCUAUACCGGCCGUCCUGGGGGCAUAUCAGCCGUCGGUUUUACAGGUUCGGGCCCGGGAUCCAUGUCCACAUUGACCCUCGGUGCCGGUCAGUCACACAGUCCCAUCGCUCGGCAGCAUCCUGCAGGGCCGGCCCUGCCGCCAUUGCCCGCCUCGGCACACCUUCCCGGCCUUCGCACCUCGGAGAUUGACCAGACCCAGCAGCACAGCCCGUGGAACUUUUCUUCGCACUCACAGAGCGGAGUGUCAACCACAAGCGAGUCCCAUCAAGGACUUAUGAAUUGGACUCCCGGCGUAAGUCAGCCGUCCUCUCGUGUUGGCUCCUGGGUUGAGGGCAUGCAUCCCGAAGCCGGUUCACCCGAGUACGGUCAAGCCCGGUACCGCUGGCUCGACCAGGUACUUUCCCCACUUGAUAUGCCCGAGCACAAAGUCCCUGCUAUAGAGUGGACCGCCAUCACCUCGGACUUCACCCUUGUUCAGCAUCUCCUCUCUCUCUACUUUUGCUGGGAGUACCCAACGUUUGCGUCGCUCAGCAAAGAGCACUUCUACAAGGACUUCAACGACGGUACGCGGCGGUAUUGCUCCCCGAUCCUCGUAAACGCCCUGCUAGCGCUUGGCUGCCGCUUUUCCACGCGACCGAACACGCGCGCGAACCCCUCCGACCCCACCACGUCGGGCGACCACUUUUUCAAGGAAUCGCUGCGCCUCUUCCAUCUCGAGGCCGACCACCGGAGCCUGACGACGAUCCAGGCAUUAGGUAUCAUGUCCAUCCGAGAGGCCAGCUGCGGGCGGGAUUCGGAGAGUUGGUACUAUGCCGGCCAGAGUAUACGCAUCGCUAUUGAGAUGGGCUUGCAUCUCAAUGACGGCAUGGGCGACGACGAUGAGGUUGCCGUGAAAGCCGCGACGUUUUGGGGCGCUUUUGCACUGGACCACGCUUGGUCGCUUGCCACGGGCUCGCUGCCGCAGUGCUCAUGCGUCCCGCAUUUGCCGCCUAAACCCGCCAUUAUCGACGACAUUGAGGCUUCGUUAUGGAUACCGUAUACUGACGAUGGGCUUCCUUUACAGCGUUCCUGUCUACAGCCAUCGAAUGUCCGCUCGGUGUAUAAGUGCUUCUGUGAGUUGAGCGAGCUCGUUCACCAGUCUCUGUACAUCCUACACACGCCGGGUCGACCGUUGACGAGCCGCGACUUACUGGGCAUCUAUACCCAGUACCUCGAUUGGUAUGACCGGAUCCCCGAGGUUCUUCGCCUAGGCCACAACUUUACGCCGGCGGUCCUUUUUGCGCAGAUCCUUGGAUCCAAAGUCCUACCUCGGGACGUUUGCUCACAGGCGGCAGAUGCUAUCCAAGGCUUGCUGCGGUCAUACUCGCAGCUCUACACCCUCCGCCGCACCCCAUCCUUCGUCCCUUACUUUGUCCUGACGUCAGCCAUCAUGCAUAUGGCUAUCGCCGCAUCUCCGCCAUCCGUCGCCUCCACUCCUGUAUCGGCGGACCAAGGGCCCCCUCCACAGCAGGGUACGCAUCCACCCGAGACUAGCCCCGAGACGAGCGGCGUCGGAGCAGCCGCACCGUCAUCGCGAUCCGACCCGCGCGUCUUCAACUCGAUCAGCCAGGGCAUCGCCGACCUCGCCGAGAUGGCUCCCUGCCACCACUUCGCGCAGCAAGCCCUCAACAUCCUCCGGUACCUCGCGAAGAAGUGGAACAUCGACGUUGACAUGGGUCGCGAGAAGACCGAGGCCGCCGAGGACAUCGACGGCCUCCUCAGACCGCGCACUGACAGCCUCAACUUCUUCGCGCCCGACGUUCAAAUCGAAGAUUUUGUCUGCGGGUGGACGGGCGGCGCUUCUAGCGUCGGCGGAAAGGUGAUGCUGGCGCCGCCGCCGCCGAGGCCGGUCUCGGAUAAUCCGCUCUUUUGGCCGUUUCCGCUGCAGGGGAGACCGCUUCUGCCAACGGGGAGAGAGCUGGCCGAUGCGGGAUUUGCCCUUAUCUAG